CUGUUGCAUCAUUCGUAUGCAAUGUGUAGUACUCGAACCGAAGCAUUUUACAAUACCUUCUGUGACGUCAUGACUGCCAUGUAAGACGUGAAGUAACUCGACACCAAAAUCCAUUGAUUGUACUUCGUACUUAUCUGACUGUGUGUAGGCCAAGUGACUUCUAGUACUACCGUACAACCCACGAUCAUAUAAGCAUUGUAUAUCUAGCGUGUUUCAUUUGCGAUCGUGUCCGUCUCAUCGUUCGGAUAUAUCACUUGAAAGAGUUCUUUUCGCAUCUGAACGUCGUUGAGUCCUCUAGCUUCUAUCUCUUUUCUCGUGAGCCACAAUCAGUACGACUAAUACACGAUGCCGCAGAGUGCUACAAAGACUCUGGAAGUGCAGGCCGAUCUGGAUGACGGGUCUGCAUGGCCGACCACGGGGUCGACCACGGCACCGGUCGCUAACGGCGUCAUGCCUUCUAACCCGAGCAGUCAGAUGCUUGUAGCUGAUAUCCAACCUAAUGGAGACAUGGAGAUGGACACCAUGAAUGUGUAUGUUGUCGGUGGUAAAUCUCCUAGUCGUGAAAAAUACACGGCCAUGGAAGCCGUCUCUGAACACACCCAGACAAGGUUUGAUGCUAAAGGAGAGCUUGAACAAGGCCCGUCGACGAGAGCACCCAAAGAUAGAUACUUGAUAGCUGUCAUCAUCUUUGCCAUCCAUGGAAUUGGAACUCUUUAUCCCUGGAAUAGCUUUAUCACUGCAGAAAAGUAUUUCACCGAGCAUAAGUUUGCUAACGUUAGUGACGAUACUGAAUACAAGGACAAGUUCAUCAGUUACCUUGGUAUCGGAGGCUUCAUCCCUAACGUCACGUUUCUCUUCAUCGCUCUCUUCUUUCCACCAAAAUCAUCAAGAUUUUCGACGUUUGGUGGACUUUUUGUGAUGUUUGUGCUGUUCAUUAUAACAACCAUACUUGCUAUCGUCGAUUCUUCUGGAUGGCCGGAACUUUUCUUUGGAAUUACCAUGGCAACUAUUGUUAUUUUUAAUGCUGCCUCUGCCGUUUAUCAAUCUGGGAUGUACGCGUUAGCAGCCAAACUCCCAGAGGGAUACACUCAAAGCUAUAUUGUCGGACAGGGAAUCGGAGGAACUUUUGUUGCUGUCCUGUCUAUCAUGUCGAUAACCUUUGCAGGAAGCCUCCGUAGUGCCGCUAUCGGGUACUUCUGUUGUGCUGUGUUAGUUCUACUCAUCUGCUUAAUAACGUAUGCCAUGCUCUUCAAACUGCCGAUAAUAAAGCACUACUUGGGUCUAGUUACUAUGGUUACUAAUGACAAAGAGACCGAGGCUGCUGAAGAUGAUCCUAGUAACCAGUCUCCACCUCUCUGGACCAUUUUUAAACAGAUCAAGAUGCAAGUGUUUAACAUCUGGUUGACAUUCGUUGUGACCCUGGCGAUCUUCCCCGUGGUACUGGCUGGUAUCCCGUCUGUUGCUGAGAAUCCUUCCUACUUCCAGGAGGUCUACUUCAUUCCUCUAUGUUGCUUCUUCACCUUUAACCUUGGUGACUUCUUCGGGAGCGUCCUCCCGGCAUGGUUCAGAUGGAAAUGGUCCAGCUACACAUGGCUGCUGGUUGUGAGUCGCCUACUAUUCUACCCAAUCUUCAUUUUCUGUAACUACCGUCCCGAUCGUCGCACUAUUCCCGUCCUUAUCAACAACGACUAUGCCUAUGCUUUCCUGGUUGUCAUCAUGUCUGUAUCUAACGGCUAUCUCAAGACCGUCAUCAUGAUGGAUGGACCAAAGAUGGUAUCUAAUCCGAACUGGGCUGGUAAAGCUGCAUCGAUGAUGGUCUUCUUCCUGAUUCUAGGAAUCUUCUGUGGCAUCCAGUUCUCUCUCUUCUUCCCAUGGAUUGUUUCUUUAUAGAGUAUUAACCUCUGCUGUCGGCUGGAAAUGUUCCAUAGAAGAUGAUGAUGCCCCCCACUGUCCAGUGUGUUUACUACCAAGGACGUAGCCAUGCUCAAUCUUGGGAUUAAACCAAUUUGUGCCGAGCAUCAGACUCAGUCAAGAAAUAGCACAAUUGAGUUUACUCCCCCAUGGCUACGGCCAUGGUGUAUCAUGUGGUGUACACAUAUUGUUCAAUGUGUAAUGGCCAUCUAUGAUGAGAUUUAGGUGCAUAGACUCAGGGCCGUGCUGGUGGAAUGGAAGGGGCGUAGGGAAUUUGGAUAUCACCUUGCUUGUGACAAAAAGAAAAAAAAGAAAUGUUCAAACUUAAGAUUCUUGUUUUGUUUUCUUAGGUUCCAUAGAGUAUCUUUAUGUUGACCGUUUAAAAUAUUUACCUUUUAUUCAUUUAGUUUAUUCAUGUAUUUUUUCAUAUUUUUUUUUGUGGAUAGCCUUUCAUGGUCAUUCAAGUACAUCUACAUUUAUAGCCAAAAUUCCUUUUAGUUCUUUGGUGUAAUGUACAGUUUAUGUAAAUAUAUAUUUAUAUAUUUAUAUAUAAAAUAAGAACUAAUUAUCUUCAGUUUGGACAUACACAUAAAGUCCAACACCAUACACUGUAUAUUUUCAACUAAAUCAGUCUCGCUAUUUAUGUCUGACAUUGUUUCUGACAAAUGCAUUUACAUGUAUUAAUAUACAUGUAGUAUACUAGAGGCAGUAUUCUGAGAUCUAUAUGUGGUUCCACAUAAGUGGAUUACUAGUAAAUUGUUAACCAGCAUAAGUGAACCAAAGCAAGAAAAAGGGCUUACCGGUACCUAUUUGGGCUUAAAGAAAGACCAAGAUUCUAAGUCCCUCUCAUUGAGCAUUUGCUGUAUGAGGUAAGAAGUCACACUAGAAUCAAGCCAAAUUAUUCUUGGCGGAGGGAGACUUUCUUUUGUAACUUGAUCCUUGUACAUUGUGCUACUAAUGAUGAAUGCUUGUUAUGUCACUUCAACUUGAUGUUAUACAUUAAUUGUAAAUCAACAUUCACUUAGAUGUCAGACUCGUCAUAUAAUUAUGCAGGGUAAACUAUAAUACUUACAAGGUACAUGCAAGGUACAUGCAAGGUAACUGUCAUUCCAAUUUCCUUGAUUCAUAUGAUUUUAACAUAUUUGAUUGGUCUUUGUAUUAUCUUAUCUAGGUCGCUAUGCCCUAGCUUUAUUCAUCUCAAUCAAAUGCUGUUAUACAGCUAAGAUUGAAAUUACAAACACAGGUGUAGCUUGUUAUAAAUAUUAUUUCAGUAUUAUGACUAGUUUAGACAUAUACAUCAAAUUUGACAAAUACCUUGUACCGUAUGCCAGUCCAUUAUCAAUCAGCAGAUAAAGUGUUAAUACAUUCCAAAUCAUGUGCUAUAUACAGGGUAAUUACUUAUGAAUCUACCUGAAUCUGCCUUAAUCUGUACAAAUGUACUUAAUUUUAUCUGUGAAAAAAAAAAAUCAUGUUUUAUUGUACCAUUUGUUCAGAUAUCAAAGAGAAAAGGCUGGACUAAACCAUUUUUGUUAUUCACAAUUUACAUUAUUGAUUCUUAAGUUUUUUGUUUAAAGGAAAAAACUUGAGUGACAGAUUAAAGAAGAGGCUGAUAAGUGAUAAUGCAAUUUUUAACUCAUCUUCCAUUAACAGGUCUUGCAGUAAUCGUUUGUUUUAUUAAUAAAAAUUAGCCACACCCUCGCACCUAAUACACUGCCUGAACAUCGUGCAUAAGUUCUUUGCAUUACCAAUAUGAAAUUCAUAUGACUUGUAAAUUCUAUUAAAAGAAAAAUUGAUAAAUUACUGCAUUUAUCAUACAGCAUCUCUCGAAAGUGUGUUACUGCUGCAAAAGGUGGUCUGAAAUUUCUGUUUUCUGUGUAUGUUGAGCUUCAGGAACUUUUUGGUGGAAAAUUAUGUUUUUUGGCUUUUGCCAAUAAAUUGUUGCAUGUAUAUUGUACAUACAUUUGUUGUGUAAAGGUUAAAUAAGUAGGAUUUAUUUUGUUGAAAAGUGGAACAAAAAUAAACAUUAACAUUGACAAAGGCCAGUUUUUGUGCCUUCAUACUUCGGAAGAAGAAAAAAAAAGUUAUAAUGUGAAUGUGAUAAGUAUUUACAUUAUAUCAUGUACAAGCAUGUUCACAGUGAUCCUGAUUACUGACUGAUGAUUAAUUAGGGUUGUUGUUGUAUACAUAGACUUUGUUAUAAAAAGAAGGAACAUUUUAAGGUGUACAGGUAUCGGGUUAUUAAAUAUAUUCUAAUACACAUACAAUAAUCAUCUCUACUGAUUAAGUUGGAUGAAAGUCUCAUAUUAUUUAGUACAGAAAACCUUUAAAAUGGAAAUGAAGUAUUUGAUUUUCUUUUGCUGGGUUUUGAACCACCUCAAUCCAGCUCAUUCUAUCAAUUGAAUUGAUUAAAUACAGUCCAAAAAAGUGUAUUUUGCAUUGUUUUAAUGUCAACUCAUAAUCUUGUACAUAGUAGAAACAACAGAUUUCGUGUAGCAUCUACUUUUGUGACAAAGUACAGUCAAGAAGCUUGUAAUAUCAGACAACUCAUUGGAGGCAAUUAUAUUGGAAAUUUUGUUUUACUCUGUUGUUUGCAACAUUCAAGAGUAUUUUCAACUCUGUAAAGAAAAUACAUGUUAAAAAAAAACGAUGUUUAGUGUCUGUACAAUUAAAAACUGCCAAAUAAGUUGGUAUUUGUUUUUUCCAACA